AUGGUACCAGCACGGUUCCUGGUCGUGGCAAACAUUGCUAGUGCUUUAGCCUUCGUGCUCCCCUUCUUUAGCCAAACCUCAAUACCAAUUGGAGCCUCCAAUUCCGACUUUACGUGCGAUCUUCCAUUCCCUUUGGACCCUGCCGGUGAUGGAUUGCCGUCAGCCGCCAGCCUAUUCUCGUCGGACGAGGCCCUGGAAAGGCAGGUGAAGCGCCACCAAGGCAUCGUGCAGGUCCCCUCAGUCUCCUACGAUGACCUGGGCGAAAUAGGUGUAGAUGAACGGUGGGAGCCUUUUUACAAGCUGUAUCCCACAAUAGAAAAGACAUAUCCUGUGCUCCAUGAACGGGCGAAAAUAGAGAAAAUCAAUACCUUCGGGCUACUAUAUACCCUUGAGGGCUCUGAUCCCUCUCUAAAGCCGACACUUCUCACUGCACACCAGGAUGUUGUCCCUGUUGCUGAUGCAUCCACCUGGACAUACCCCCCGUUCGAAGCACACUUUGACGGCGAGUAUAUCUGGGGCCGCGGUGCCUCCGACGACAAGAAUAGUUUGACUGGUAUUCUGUCUGCCGUAGAGGGUCUCCUUUCCGAGUCGGACUGGAAGCCCAGACGGACUCUUCUUCUGGCAUUCGGAUUCGACGAGGAAGUCGGCACCAACAGAGGUGCUAAGCAGAUUAGCGACGUGUUGCAGGCCAGAUAUGGAAACGAUAGCGUUGCUGUUAUUCUUGAUGAGGGCGGGUUUGGAUCCCAGCCUCUUGAUGAUAAAACUAUAUACGUCCACCCUGCGAUCACCGAAAAGGGUCAUAUUAAUCUGCAUUUUGAGCUCCAUGCUAGAGGAGGACACAGUUCUGUUCCCCUUCCACACACCGGCAUUGGUAUCAUCUCUGAGAUUGUUGUUGCUUUAGAGUCGAACCCGUAUGAGCCUGUGAUUCUCGAAGAUAGUCCCAUACACAAGCGUUUGGUUUGUCAAGCGCGGUACUCACCCGGCACCCAGCCGAAGAUCGAAGAGCUGCUAAAGGAGAGGGACUUUGAGGGACUCGCAACUGAGUUUGCCAAUACGACGCCCUUGAACCGAUUUGUCAUUCAGACCUCGCAAGCUGUUGACCUGAUCGGAGGCGGCGUGAAAAUCAACGCUAUGCCCGAAGUCGUCACACUCUCCGUGAACUACCGCGUUGCGCAUCACCAAAGACCCGUCGAUGUCCAGCACAGGGCCGUACAAAUAAUUGCCGACGUUGUCGACAAGUACGGCCUGCGGGUCGAUGCUUUCAAUGGGGACAAGGAAUACCAUGACUAUGUCGCCGGGCUCUAUCGCAGCGACUCGCUCUAUCGUAACGACCUCAAGCGUCGUGAUAAGGUCGACUAUAACGGAACCCUCGUGGUCAGCGCCUUUGGCAAAGGCGAAGCCGCUCCCAUCUCUCCCACUAGUGGUGCUGUAUGGGAGACUUUUUCCGGAACGAUUCGACAUGCUUUUGCGUCAGGUACUAAAACCGUUGUUCCUGUUGGAGACAUAAUGACCGGUAACACAGACACUACGCAUUAUCUGAGCCUUUCCCGUGAUGUUUACAGGUGGACGCCGGCUAUUGCUAGGGCAGAGGAUAACAUCCACACUGUUGAUGAGCGUGUGAGUAUCCAUGAUCAUCUAAACGCGGUAAGGUUCUACUAUGACUUUAUUCGCAAUUUUGAUGCUGCGGAUAUAUAG